AUGGACUUCAUCCCGGACAGCGCCAUCCGCCAGCUCGCGGGGCACAAGUUCCAAUCCGCCGGCUACACCUGGCUGGACGAGAAGAUGGAGCCCUUCUGGUCCAGUGUGGCGAGGCAGAUCCCUAGAAGGAUUUCCCCGAACCUGAUCUCAGUACUGGGCGGCGUCUGCAACGCGCUCGCGGGUGUGUGCGCCGUGCUGGCGAAUCAUCAGCGGCAGCGGGCUUGGUACUUUGUGGCACCCAUGCUGAUCUUUGUGUACAUGACCUGCGACGCGGUAGAUGGCAAGCACGCGCGGAACACCAAGCAGAGUACGCCCCUGGGCGCUGUGGUGGAUCACGGCAUCGACGCCUUCUGUGCAUAUACCACGGGGGUGGCGGUGACUGUCACUGCAGACCCAGAGCUGAGAGAUCCUAUGCUGAUGCUGGCGUACUGCGCCUUCCACGGCGCCUGGUUCUGUGCCCAGUGGGGCGAGCUGGUGCUGGGGUCCCUGGACCAGCGAGGCAUCACCGAGGGGGAGUUCGCCUCCAUGCUGGUGCUGUCGCUGCCCGGGCUGCUGGGGCCGGACUGUCGGCUGCAGCGCCUGCCGAGCUGGAUGCCUUUGGUGGGAGGGAAGCAGAUCAUGGAGCCUUUGCCGAAGGCAGUGGCUGCGGGCUGUGGAUUGGUGUGCCUGUCCUUCGCAGUGCGGAUCUUCUGCCACGCCCGCGGCGUGCAGAGGCUCAAAGCCACCUUUCCGCUGCUGCACCUCGCAGUGCACACCGCCGCCUCCAUGCGCCUGGCGCUCUCCCCGCUGCUGCGGGAAGCGCCGCUGCUGACCUUUACGGUGGCGGGGCUGGGCGCCGCCCUGCUCAUGACAAAGAUGCGCUUUAUGGCGACCUUUCACGUGCCCUGGCCGUUGCUCCAGAUGGAGAUGCUGCCCAUGCUGCUGCCGGUUGCGGCGCUAGCGGCAGGCUGGCCAGUGGCGAUUCAGCUGUGGUGGCUGGUGGUGGCCACUCAGACGCUGCUGCUCUUCCGCAUGUGGCAGAGAUUGCUGCAGCGCAUUUGCGGCAUUUUGGAGGUGCCUUUCUUGGCGGAGGUCCCUUUGAAAGGUGCCGCUCGUUUCCUGGACUGGACGAGGCUUCCGAAGGAGGAGGAGCAGAGCUAUUGGCGCGCCCAGCUCCGGGCCCGGCGCUGCCUGACCAUCACCGGGGGCCUCGCCCUGGCGAGUUUCUGGGUCGGCCUGGAGCUGAGCCGCGAGGAGCCCGGCGUGCUGGGCCUGGUGGGCGGCGCCUGCCUGGCAGCAGCCGCGCUGCUCAGCUGCGAGCUGCAGGAAGUGGUGAAUGUGGAGCUCAUCUGGUUGCCUUUGCUUUGUGUCUGCAGCGCUGAUCUGUCCCGGCACCGGCACGAGAGCGGCUUCGCUCUGGGCGCCCUGGCGGCCGCCCACAGCUUGGUGCUGCCGCUGCGCUGCGCCACGGCCUGGCUAGUUCAUUUGACCGCCGUGGUGGCCUUUAUUGUGUCUGCCUGCGUCUCUAGCGACUCUAGCGAUGCAGGAUUAAUAAGUGCAGCGCAUGCAGCGAUGCUGGUGCUGCUGCUAUGCAGCUUCUACCAGGCAUUAUGGGUUUGGGAAGCUAUGACCCGGCAGACAUUUGUCGCCUCAGGCGUAAAGGUUGUGGAUCAGUCAGCGAUAGGGUCAGUGACCGCGAUUGAAUCCGAAGAUGAGCAGAUCGCGGCACCCCCUACAUCUGCCAUCCUCCGCCUAGAGCUGGACCUAAGCAUCAGCUCCGCCAGCUCAGAGUCGGCCUUCUUUGGGUUUGAUCCCACUGGAAUGUCGAUCCUGGAGAUGGUCCCCUAUGAGGACCAGCACAUGAUCCAGCUGCUGGCACGCAGCGACAACAGCUCCCACACCAUUUUGGUGCGCUUGCGUAGAGAAGCAGGGGAGGAGUUCCUUCGUCUGCGGCUGCUGCCGAGUGGCUUGAAGUCCCCCAGGUGGAUCGGCUGCCUUUCCACAGGUAUCCAAACACAGCAUUCACCCGCGACCUGCUUUACUCCGCGGAAUCCGAACUCGCCUAAGCUGCCGCUGCCAGCGGUGCCAGAUGGUGACAACGACUGCGACAGCGUGACCAGCCUGCAGGUGCGCUUCAUUCCGGCCGAGGCGUCGGAUGCUCCUCCGCAGACUUGGCUGGGACUUACACCGAUGAAACCCGUGGGCUCCGCUGGGUCAAUGCCCUCAGAGAACGAGAACCACGGCGCGGAGUCUAAUUCUUUGCCCGUCGGAUCCCAUGGGUCUCGACACUUCGCACAAUCUGAGAUCAGCGGCAACAGCCACAGCGUCUUCAGCCUAUCAGCGGCGAGCUGGUCAUGUGGCAGUGAGCACUUCAGGCAAAUAACGCCGAAGGCGAUGACGAGCGACGCGCAGUGCCAGACAGAGCUGGUGUGGAACAAAUUGGGCUUUCAAUGCCGGAAUUGCGCCAAGCCUCCAAAGAUGCCCACUGAGGCGCGACAGGAGGUUGCCGCGCAAGAACUAGAGACGCAGCUACGGAGGUUGCAGGGCUGCUGGCUCCUGGCUGCAGGGCCGCAGAAGAUUGUAGGAUGGUUGCAAGGCUUCGUGGUCCAAGGGGACAUGGUGAAGACUACCCAGGGCACGUCGGCCUUGAUCAUUGAGGAUGAGGGCAUUUUUCUGGCUGGUGGCCGCAUGACAGUUGACGAGGAGGAUACUCUCCACCGAAUGGGCAAGUCUGGUGGGCAGUACAAGUAUGUCCGCGCAACUGAGCACGACUACAGCAGCAGGCACUGCCUACCGACAAGGUCCACGACCUCACUGAUGUCGCUGAUGCCAUGA